UUUCAUCAAUGAACGUCACUUGAUGAAAAGGUAUCGCUAGCGAACACUUUGUUGCUGUAUCUGAGUCGAAGUGGGCGCACCAACUCAUAGGUAAUUUAUUCGCAGCAUAACCAAUUAACUGCGCUACAAGSUGACGUUUAUAAGUAAAGGUAACACAGACCACGGUAAAGAACUUUGACAGGCUGUCCUCAACAUACUUCAUUGUGACAAUUAAGAAAUCUUUCUUGAAACGCCGCUUAAGUCGACAAGUGUUGAGGCAAUCUAAACUGAGCAACAACAAGAACGAAACAAGAGAACUGAAAGCCAAAACUUUAUCUUGSAUACAAUGAAUAAUACUGGAGAGACUGCGGUCAACGUUGAGAAUACAAUAUCAGUSGUGGUGUUUAUUUUAUCGUUGAUCAUAGGACUAGUUGGACAUGGUUUAGUAUUACUAGUAGUUCUUGGGAAAACAGGAUCACGCACUGCUAGUGAUGUAUUUAUUAUGAAUUUAUCGAUCUCCGAYUUGACUUUCCUCAUUCUCAGUCUAACUAUCAAUUCCCAUUCUUAYACUGGGUCUUUCCAGUUCUCUUUGUUCUAUUGCAAGUUUGUCUGGCCCAUGAUAACAGCAACUUUCUUCGCUAGUGUUUUUACGCUGACUUCUAUGGCCGUCCAUCGAUGUAAUGGCGUCUUACGUCCGCUUAAAGCCAACGUUACUGCCAGACAAGCAACAAUCUGGUCAGGGUGUGUCUGGAUACUUGCAGUUCUACCAGUCUCACCGCUGAUGAUCAUCACAGGUGUCACUGAGAACGAAGACGACUGUGAYGAGAAAUGGAGCUUAUCAAGCAAACAAGCUUUCACUGUGGCUAUGUUUCUGUUACAGUAUGCAAUACCGCUUACGAUUAUAACAAUUGCCUAUGUUCAGAUUGUAUGGUGUUUAAGGCAUCGUAAAAUCCCUGGAACAGCAGUAGACAGGAACGGACGAACUAUCUGUAAGUCCGCUWGUAGAGAUAACAUCCAGAUCAUUAAAACAGUUGCUGCAAUUGUCAUUCUUUUUGCCAUAUGCAUGCUACCUCAUGAAAUCAUCGGUUUUAUGUUUUAUUUUGGCGAUAAUAGCAGCAUAGAAAGCCAGAAACGCCUGAAUCGCCUGUUAGCCUACUCGGCUAUUCUGCUCUACGUUCAUAGCUGCCUCAAUCCAUUGGUCUACGGAAUUAUUACACAUCAGUUUUACAAAGAAUACAAGCGAUAUUUAUUGAUGUUGGUGUGUUGCUGUGGACACCGCGCACGACGUCUUAUGAUUUCUCAAAGCAGUUACAGUAGAUCGAGAUCUACACAGAAAUCGAUUCUAAAGAAGUCUUACAACGAUAUGAAACCACAUAAUGGUGACUCCAUUGAGCUCGUGCGCAGCCAAACAAGUCCUAGAGAAGAACAUGACGACGGCACGCAAAUCCUCGAGGAUACUCGAAUCUAAGCUGSUGCCUUCAUUGUUGAUGUUACUGCUGUUAUAUUGAAUGUUUACAAAAUAUUGGAGUCUUCGGGUCAUUGCGGCAGGAACGCAAUUAUCUUUUUUUACAACAGGCAAUUAAGUGUCUUGAAAGAGUCAACAUAUUCCUUUCAUYGAGGUUUYUGCAUGAAAAAAUGAUGAAAAGAAUGUUUUAUUUUUCACGUCUCAAAAACAACAAUAUUUGUUAUUGUUUAUUCCUCUCUCAAAUAAGUUCCUUAUCAAAUCCGAYUUCUUUUCUUUUCUCAUUCUUUKGCAAAUUGUAWGGAGCAYAAUAAAAGUUUAUUUUCGUAUUUCUUCUUUAAGUUUCAUUUCCGUUGUUAACAUUUGUCGUUGUGGUUGUUAUUUUUACGCUUCAUCCCAUAAUAAAGGCAAGCCGGUUAUACACAAUAUUUAUUUUUAGAAAGAAUACGCUUCUGUUUAAUUUUAUUUUCAAUAUGAACAAAGCAAAAACHAGAAAAAUGAACUGUUUUUCUUUGUAUUUUSYGUAAAGGGUUCGCUCCUCCCUUUUACACGGUAGUUUAGUUUGUUACUCUCGCUGAGUAGAGAUCUGCCGAUGCAUAAACAUUGCAGCUACGUUGGUCUACUGCCGUUGACAAUUCCCUUUGGUAAUCAAUCUUUUCUAACUCGACAUUUAACUCGAAUGACCAUCACGAGGUGGUGUGGGCGAGAUUUCGGACCGGUUUGUUGUGUUUGGGUUAAUCAGAUUGCUAGGAAAAUUGCUCUCCUAAUCUCUUGGCCACAACGGAGAAAGGAUAUUUGAUAAACUUGAAGAGGUUUGGUUCUUUGUCUUUUACCUCACCUGUUCGAGAUUGUCGCGACAACUACAGAUGYGAGCCACAAGAAAAAGACUUUGCCGAACGGCCAAUAUACCACAAACAAUCWAACUUUGAAAGUGGCAGAGUGCGCGGCGUCUUUGCGUCGUGGAACGAUGAUCUUUUGUUGAUCUUAUAUAUAGAAAAAAAAAACAAUAUCUCACUAGUAGAACAGCUAUUUCUCCUCGCCUACUCGUAUCUUUCUGAGAGUAAGUUAAUGGUUUGUGAGGAGGAUUUAAUGUAAGCUUUAAAGGCUCUUGAGUUUGCUGGACAAUCUUCGAAUUUCAAAAACAAAUAGUUGCUAAUAUUAUUAUAUAUUCAUUUGUAAAUGUAAUUACUUAAGUAGAAAUCAAAAUUACAUGAUGAUAAAAUCAUGGAUUUGAUAAAAGAGGCACUUUCAGUUUAAAUCUUAAGAAAAUAUCAGUCCAUUCGAAGAAGUACUGCCGAUAAUGACUAAAGUCUUGUACAUUUAAUCUCUCAUUUGGAUUAAGACAGUAAAAUAUCAUAGAGGGAUAACAUAGGAUGUAGCUAAAAUGGUUAAUGCGUACUAUAUAUAGAGCAAUGUAGAAAUUGUUUUUCGGUGGUAUAGUUUCCUUGCAAUCAUUCUCAUGCCGUGUAAAUAAUCUGAUUUUCACAUUCAAUUUAUUUCGUCUAAUUUCAUUAAGAAAAAGUGCCUCCUAGCGUGUGCGCAAAGUAUUGUAGUCUGAUAAAACCACAGAAUGUGAUUAAAAAUAAAGAAAAAAACUCUG